CGGCAUUCGCACGUGGGCAUUCGAUCGUGUCGGAUGUGCGCGCAAGCUCAGAUAUAAGAAGGAACGGCAACGUACUAGUACACGCUUAUAAAUACACGACACUGUUACUACCACCGUCACAACUAUUACUGGCACUCGUGUUCGUCGUCUGCGUCGUCUUUAUCAUUAUAAUCGUGAAUUUAGUGAAAGAGGACUCAUCCCUAGUUUCUUCCUUGUAGCUCUCGUCGGCAAGUGAUCUUUUUAAAUCUCCCGCGUUUUUUUUUCUCUCCAAGAAAUCGACGUUAUCGUCGCGUUGUUAUCGUCUUCGUCGUCAUCGUCGUCGUCGUCGUCGUCGUCGUCGCCGUCGUCGAAAAAACGCCAGCCGAGCGUCGCCUUUCUCCUUCCUUUUUUUUUUUUACCAAGAUAGUGUGCCAUCGUUCUUCUCUCCCCACUACUACUACUACCUACCACCCCUUUGUCGAUCACGAGCAAGUUUAACGCGUUAAGAAAUAGUUCGUGUCCGAUCAACGAACGACGCACAUCGCGUCGCACGAGCUUCGGGUGUUUAUACGCGCUCCCGGUGUUCAGCUUAUUCGUUGGAUUAUUAAUUAACAGUGGGAUUAUUUUACGUGUACGCACAAGUGUGGAAGAAACAUCGACGAGAAAAAAGAGAAAGGGCAACCACGCGUUAAUUUGACCUAGAUGCUGUUGAACCAACGGCACGCCUGAUUUCUUUUCAUCCCUAAAGUACCAAAUAAAUUGUCAAGAUUGAUCAAGUGGUUUUGUCGUCCGGCGGUGACAUCGCCAAAAUUUGGAGGAUGUUGAUGCCCGGUGCCGCCGGUCUCAGUGCCGUGGGCGCUGUGGGAGCACCAGGCCCGGACGAGCUUGUUUCCGGGCUGGGUGCUCUUGCGGGUGCCACACCUCAGCAAAAAGAUACCACCUGGACUAAGUUAUUCGUUGGCGGUCUACCUUAUCACACGACCGAUAAAAGUCUCAGGGAACAUUUCAGUGUUUAUGGGGAUAUCGAGGAAGCCGUUGUCAUCACCGACAGACAGACUGGAAAGAGCAGAGGCUAUGGUUUCGUUAUCAUGGGAGACAGAGCGGCUGCUGAGAGAGCAUGCAAGGAUCCUAAUCCCAUCAUCGAUGGUCGCAAGGCCAACGUUAACUUAGCAAUACUCGGAGCCAAGCCGAGGGGUAACUUGCAAACGACAUUCCCAUUUGCUGCUGGCAUUCGAGCUGGAUAUCCUGCGGUUCUUCCAGGCCAAUAUGGAGUACCACCGAGCUACGUUUACCAGUCUCCUUAUCUGGCCGCAGCGGCGCCAGGCGGCUUGGUACCACUUCCGGCGACACAGUUGAGCCACGCAGCCGCAGUUGCAGCUACGCAAUUUUACGAUUAUCAGAAUGUAGCAGCAGCGGCUGCCACCUAUCCGGGUACUUCCUACAAUUUUGCAGAGGCCUAUCCAUACACUAGCGCUGCUGCUGCUGUAAAUGCAGCGGCAGGUUACGUAACGCCAUACACAUAUGCAACAUUGCCAGGUGCAGCAGGUUUGCCUGCUGCUGCUGCUGCGGCUACGGCGGGUGCCGCUUUCCCAGGAUUACCAUACCAAACAACACCUCAGGAAGCAAGAUUACAAUAGAAAAGGACCACGAAGUCUUGCCAAAAAUGAGAAUCGUUUCUAAGCGAGGAUCGUCUCGACGCGACGAUUUCGACGAUUAACGAUUGUCGUUUAUUUCUUUUUUAGUAUAGAAUUAGUAAGGGGAGGAGGGGGUGGAGAGUGAGAGUAUCGAAGGAUCAUUUUAUUAUGGAUAUAAAAUAAAUUAGAAGAGAAAGAGAAAAAAGGAAUUCCUUCGAACGAUUUCACUAGAUGUUUUAAACGUUUAUCUUCGAAAUCAUCGAAUGACGAUCUUAUCACUCGUGUUCGCUAUAUGUAUAUAUAUAUAUAUAUACAUAUAUAU